AUGGCGACUGUACCCGCAACCCAGCAGCCAACUCAACUCGACAUCCACGAGGACAUCAGUUCUGCUAUCGGCCAAGAAGGCAUUGCUGUCGUCACAGACAUUUCUUCCGAUCCCACUACUCCCAAACAGCCUAUCGUGCUCAACGAAGUCUCCGGCAACGAGUCGCAAAGCAAAGCUCAAGACUUCUGCCCCUCGAAACCUCUCAACCUGAUCGGAGAACUGGCAACAGAAUUGGAGAAUUUUCACAUUGCUAGCCCAUUCAGACAAGACAACGAGAAUCCGAUUGUGCAGAAGGGUGAAGAACUUCACUCUCAACAAUCAGUUGAGACAAGCACCGAAGCGCUCCUGAAUCUGUCUACGGCUGAGACGAGGGAUUCACCAGCCGCGCCUCAAGUGGCAUCACCGAGUACUCUAUCAGAACAAAGCAACAUCUGUCUUGAGGAUCCUCUAAAAUACCAUUCUCUCGUGUUGGCAGACCAGAACCUCUCUCCAGCAAACGAGCAAAUCGCCCGGCACCAAGCAGAGCAAGACACUACCAACUCUACAAAGAUGAACGUCGAGGCAACUCCCAGCAGCUCUUCGGUGGGUUCACCUCAUAUUGCAGAACUGCAGGUUAUUGCGCCAGAAUCUCCGACUGUGAAAGCCACAGCAUCUGGCCCUCAAGAAAAUGGUGGCAUUUCAAGAGAGACUACUCCUCGCCGGCCAUCACCACUAAGGCCAAUUACUCGCAUUGAAGACUCCUUCGAGGCUUUGGAUCAAUUUGAGGAGGAGGUGGAGGCCGUGACGCAGGCCGCUCAGUUGAACCGCGUUCUAUCCCCUGACACCGGUAAGGCCAGCGAUGGAAAUGCUAAGCGCAACAGCUCCCUUGGCCAACCAUCAGCAAGAUUAAAGAACAGACAAGGCUCAGGUGAGGUCAAGCCUAAAGGUGGGCGCGAUAGCUCGGUACGCCGUUCAGCAAUGCCUCCUAUCUCCGCCAAGGACGAUAAAGCUUCGGCGAAGGCUCCAGUCAAGAAAGCGCCAGUAGCUCGUCCAGCGAGCUUACUCCCACCCAAGCCCCUUGUCAAGCCGUCCAGGCCCUCAAUUGUACCCACCUUCGAGCUGCCGGGAGAGGCAGUGGCUCGCCGGCUGAAGGAGAAACGCGAAGCUCGCCUGUCUUUGCAGGUCAACUCCGAACAGCUUGCUGCUGCGACUCCGCAAAGAGCAAAGUCUCUCAGGGCGAGACCGCCAACGAUUCCCAACUUCGAGCUCCCUGGAGAAGCCAUAUCACGGCGAAAGAGGGAAGAGCAUGCUGCAAGAUUGAAGGCUCAAGAAGAAGAGGAACGAAAGAGGCGAGAAUUCAAGGCCAAGCCUAUUCGCACAAGCAUGGCCCCCAGCACGGCAGUUCGAGAGACUGCUACUAGCCGUGCCCGGACUGCCAAGGCUGCUCAGCAAGAGAAUUCGGCACCAGCACAGACCUCAUCCGCAGCUGGCAAGCGAUUAUCUGUUGCACCAGGCUCCCGUGCGUCCCGUCCAUCAAUGUCUAGCACGGCAUCUAGCACGGGCCCUCCAUCUCGUGGCCGGGAUCUUACUGUUGGAUCUCCUUCAACGAGACAAAUCAGUCGAGCGGCAUCUUCGUCUACCGGUAGUAUCAGUGGCAAGCGGAGCACGAUGUCUGCGGAGGAUGUGCAGCACCAGAAGCUACGAGGAAGAGAGAUUCUGCAGAGAGACAACAACUAUCUAGCGGAGCGUGAACGAGAGAAACGCGACCGAGAGGAGGCGGCGAGGCUAGCCCGCCAGGAAGCUGCCGAGCGGUCCCGUAUGCUAAGCCGUCAGUGGGCGGAGAAGCAGCGCCAGAAGAAGUUGACCGCAACGGCGACGGUUACUGCAGCCACUUCCGAUGUCACCGUCCGAUAA